AUGCCAAUAGGCAUGCCUAUCUCUGACCCUCAGCCUCGGUCCUGUAGCUCCUUGGCCUCUGUCCUGCUUGGGUUGCGGGCUUCACCUACUUCAGCGUCCUUCCCAACCUCCGGCGGAGGCGAACCGAGAGGUGGUCGCCGGAGCAGAGGGGGCGCCAGGCGCGCCAGGGGCCGGGGAAGCGGGGCGGGGCGGGCGCGCGUGCGCGAGCUGUCAGGCAGGCCCCGCCCCCGACGCACCACCCUGCCCUCCCCGCCCCUCCGCCCACGGUCCCCUCCCCUUCUUUCCCCCCUCCCCUCGCCUCUCCGGGUGUGGGGCGGGCGGGCGCUGCGGCGGCCUCGGCUGCUGCUUCCUCGGGCCAUUUUGCUGAGGAGCGCCGCGGAGGAGGAGCCGCCGCGGAGACCCAAGAAGAGGAGCAGCGAACCCGAGGCGGCGGCGACCUCGCGGGCAGCGGGCUUUCCUCGGCCGCGGGGAUCUCAGGAGGCGAAAGGAUCGCCGGGGUGGGAACCGAAGGAGCCGCGCCCGCAGCGCGGAGCGCCCCUUCCCGCCCCCUGCACCAUGAGCUGGGGCACCGAGCUGUGGGAUCAGUUUGACAACCUAGAAAAACACACACAGUGGGGAAUUGAUAUUCUUGAGAAAUACAUCAAAUUUGUAAAGGAAAGGACAGAGAUUGAACUCAGCUAUGCAAAGCAACUCAGGAAUCUCUCGAAGAAAUACCAACCUAAAAAGAAUUCGAAGGAGGAAGAAGAAUACAACUCUAAUAGCCGGUAUCCGCAUUUUCAUGAUGGACGUAAGGCACAGCAGCACAUAGAGACUUGCUGGAAGCAACUUGAAUCUAGUAAAAGACGAUUUGAGCGGGAUUGCAGAGAGGCUGACCGAGCGCAGCAGUAUUUUGAGAAGAUGGACGCUGACAUCAAUGUUACGAAAGCUGAUGUUGAAAAGGCACGACAGCAAGCUCAAAUACGUCACCAAAUGGCUGAAGACAGCAAAGCAGAUUACUCAUCAAUUCUCCAGAAAUUCAACCAUGAGCAGCAUGAGUUUUACCAUACACACAUACCCAAUAUCUUUCAGAAAAUACAAGAGAUGGAGGAAAAGAGGAUAGUGAGAAUCGGAGAAUCAAUGAAGACAUAUGCAGAGGUUGAUCGGCAGGUGAUACCAAUCAUAGGCAAAUGCUUGGAUGGAAUAGUAAAGGCAGCGGAAUCAAUUGAUCAGAAAAAUGAUUCACAGUUGGUGAUAGAAGCUUAUAAAUCAGGGUUUGAGCCUCCUGGAGACAUUGAAUUUGAAGAUUACACUCAGCCAAUGAAGCGCACGGUGUCAGAUAACAGUCUUUCCAAUUCCAGAGGAGAAGGCAAACCGGAGCUUAAAUUUGGUGGCAAAUCCAAAGGAAAGUUAUGGCCGUUCAUCAAAAAAAAUAAGCCUCCCCCUCCUCCCCCUGCCUCUGCCUCACCCUCUGCUGUUCCCAACGGCCCCCAGUCUCCCAAGCAGCAAAAGGAACCCCUCUCCCAUCGCUUCAACGAGUUCAUGAUCUCCAAACCCAAAAUCCACUGCUUCAGGAGCCUAAAGCGUGGGCUUUCUCUCAAGCUGGGUGCAACACCAGAGGAUUUCAGCAACCUCCCCCCUGAACAGAGAAGGAAAAAGCUACAACAGAAAGUCGAUGAAUUAAAUAAAGAAAUCCAAAAGGAGAUGGAUCAAAGAGACGCCAUAACAAAAAUGAAAGAUGUCUACCUAAAGAAUCCUCAGAUGGGAGACCCAGCCAGUUUGGAUCACAAAUUAACAGAAGUUGGCCAAAAUAUAGAAAAACUGCGACUAGAGGCCCAGAAAUUUGAGGCCUGGCUAGCUGAAGUUGAAGGCAGGCUCCCUGCGCGAAGUGACCAGGCCCGCCGACAGAGUGGAAUGUAUGAUGCCCAAAACCCGCCAUCAGUCAAUAACUGCGCCCAGGACCGGGAGAGCCCGGAUGGCAGUUACACAGAGGAGCAAAGUCAGGAGAGUGAGGUGAAGGUGCUGGCCACAGAUUUCGAUGACGAAUUUGAUGACGAGGAGCCCCUCCCCGCCAUCGGGACUUGUAAAGCUCUCUACACGUUCGAAGGUCAGAAUGAAGGAACCAUCUCUGUAGCUGAAGGUGAAACAUUGUAUGUUAUAGAGGAAGACAAAGGUGAUGGGUGGACCCGCAUUCGCAGAAAUGAAGAUGAAGAGGGUUACGUUCCCACUUCAUACGUCGAAGUCUAUUUGGACAAAAAUGCCAAAGGUGCUAAGACUUAUAUUUAA